AUGGAUUUAGUUGCAGGUGUUCGGAAGGAGGGCAGCCGCGGCGGCCGAGGAGACUUCAAAUGGACCGACGUCAAAGACUCGUCGCAUCGCGAAAACUACCUGGGCCAUUCGCUAAUGGCUCCAGUCGGUCGCUGGCAAAACGGGCGCGAUCUGGGCUGGUAUGCGAAAUCAGGCGAAGACGAUUCCGAAGAAGCAGCAGACAGAGCAAAGCGAGAACUGGAAGACGAGCGCCGUCGUGUCAAGGAGGCUGAGCAGGAAGCCAUGGCGCGCGCCCUGGGAUUGCCUGUUGCUCCCAAAACCUCGGAUGCCAAUUUGACACCCCUGGGUGGAGGCGAUGUUCGCAAGGCUGUUCAAGGAGUCACCGAGACCGAGGAUCGGGACGACGAAGGCGGCCGUGGAAUUGGAUUUGGCUCGUAUGGCGGCCAUGUUAUGGACGCACCUGAAGGAGAGAUAUUGGCACCUGUUGCCCGCGAGACAGCCGACCAAGGCGCGACAGGUCCAGAGACCGAGACCGCAGACGACACGAACACCGUGACCGCCACCAUCGUCGUGCGCAUGACCGUGGAGACCGUGAGGGUAGACGUGAGAGUGGGCGAGAUAAAAAUCGAGAGCGCUCUCAUCGAGACGACGACCACGAUCGCUCGGAACGCCACAAACACCAUCGGCGCGACAGGCGCCGUCCAUCCAGAUCUAGAUCCAGAUCCCCACGUCGCGAGGAGCAUCGUCAUGGCCGUGAAAGUGCUCGAGAGCAUGGUCCCCGAACUGACAGUCGACGUGAAGCUGAUCGGCAUGACCACAGAAGAGAGAGGAGACAUUCUGAUCGUGAACGUCGAACGUAGACGAUAG